AUGUCGACUACUGAGACUAUGGACAUGGAGGAGACAACACCCAUCAUUCCCAAGACUUGUAAGGCUGGUGUGGUUGUCAAUUCUGGUCCUGACUUUACUGUUCAAGAUGUACCUGUACCUGAAAUUGGCCCUGAGGAUGUUCUGAUUAAGCUGAAUGUCACGGGUCUAUGUAUGUCAGAUGUGCACUUUAUGAUGGAAGACUGGGGCCUGCCACCAAUGUCUCAAUUUGGAACCAAGUGCGCUGGCCAUGAAGGCGCAGGCGUCAUCGUCAAAGUCGGAGAAAGAGUCAAGAACCUCAAGGUUGGCCAAAGAGCAGGACUCAAGCCCAUUCAAGAUGUCUGCCAUACAUGCGAGUACUGCAAGUCUGGAAAGGAAACUUAUUGUCUAAGUUGUGUGAUGACUGGUCUCCACAUUGAUGGUGAGUUUCCCUCUUCGACACACUUCUUAAGUACUUCCACUGAUAAUCAUCANGGUUCCUACAAGCAAUACAUUGUUUCNCCUGAACGCUACACUUCGCUCAUCCCUGACGGCGUCCCGGAUGAGAUUGCUGGGCCUAUCAUGUGCUCCGGUAGCACUGCGUACACGUCCAUCAAGGAGUCUGGUCUUCGUCCUGGUCAGUGGGCUGUCUUUCCUGGUGGCGGCGGUGGUGUCGGUAUGCAAGCUGUUCAACUGGCUAUUGCCAUGGGUCUCCGAGCCAUCGUCAUCGAUACCGGAGCCGAAAGGAAAGAAGCAUGUUUGAAGUUCGGUGCAGAUGAAUUCAUCGACUUCAAGGAAGUAGAGAACCCUGUCGACAAGGUUUUGCAAGUUACUGGCGGUGGCGCUCAUGCUGUUUUUGUGACUGCUGUCCAGUCCUACCCUAUUGCACAGGGCUUCCUUGGCAACAGAGCUGGUGCUCAAGUGAUGUGUAUUGGUCUGCCUCCCACUGGAAAGUACAAUAUGGAAGUCAACCCCUCAACACUCGCCUUCCGCAACCAGUCCAUCAAGGGCACGCUCGUUGCCGGCAUGGCUGAUGUGGAUGAGACAAUGGACUUUGCUCGCCGAGGAAAACUCCGCCUUGAGCCCACUGUUGUUGGCCUCUCUCAAUUCAACGAGUCUGUACAGAAGUUGAAGAACGGACAAGUCGCCGGACGCAUUGUCGUUGACUUCAACAAGGAUUGA